AUGAUUCCAAGUAAUGAUAGUGCACUCAUCAACAUAAAGAAGAUGAGGAACGACUUUGUAAGAAGCAUUGUGAAAGAUGAAGAAUACAAAAAAAAAGAUGACAAAAAAAAAGAAAUAGUAAAAUCUUGCAAAAGUUAUAAAGAUUUCUGCAAUAUUGUAAGUUGUGUAAGUAUGAAACCGGUUAGAAAAUAUGAAGAAAAGGUUACAUACGAAGAUUAUGUAAACUUUAACUUUUCUUCACAUAAUUCUAAAAUAGAAAGCACCAAAAAAAAAAAUAGAAAAAACUAUAAUUUUUUCGUAAGUAGACAGUUCAAACUUAAUAACCAAAUGGACGAAUUUUCUCCUUUGAAUUAUGAAAGAUACAAAACCCGCAGGGAAAUAGAGCAGUUUCUAUAUAUCCUGAACGACCAUAAAGAUAAUUAUGAUAAAUUCAUAAAGGACCAUUAUAAUUGUGAUGAUAUGAAGGAUAUCAUAAGUUUCAUUAAAAAUAAAUGGGAACUACUGUUCGAUAGUGAUCCAGCACUGGCAGGAGAUGAUCGAGCAGAAAACCAUGAAACAAGAGAGGAAAACAACCAACUAAACGAUGAAAAUUGUCAAGCAAACAGUGAAGAGCAAAAUUUCAAAAUAUUAAAUUUGGUCAACUUUCUCUUUUGGCUUUGUAAGCGCUGGUGCUGCCAAAAUUUCUCAGCGUACUUUACACAAGACGAAUUAGCUGAUAUCAACGCAAAUGUUCAUACUAUAACUCAAAGAUUAGAAAAUGUAAAUUGUGUCAACAACUAUAAGGAUAAUAAAAUAAUUGAGAUGAUCAAUUAUAUCAAAAAAAACAAUUUCUAA